AUGUUGGCUUUGGCUGUAUUGCUCAGCCUCGCGGCGCCAUCUCUGACAGCUGCAAGGGCUGCUGCGAACCUCGACGUCUCAACCGUAACCCACGAGGCCUACGGGCGUGGUGUUAUAUGCCAAGUAGUCCUUGACGCUGCCCAGACAGAGGAUAGAGCACUGUUCGGUGAUCUGUUGAAAUUUGAGGCCGUUGAUCCAGAUGGCCUUGAUGUGAUCACCGGAAUGUCUGCCUAUCGCUUCCAGUAUACAUCUCGGGAUUUAAACGGCUCCCCUAUCCCGGCUACCGGGUUCAUCGGUAUCCCAUACACAUCUUUCCGCAAAGACAGAAAAUAUCCAGUUAUUGCGUACGCCCACGGUACUAUCGGCGUCUUUGCCGGAUGUCCACCUUCUACUACCCCCACCCUCUACGACUAUACGGGCUGGAGCAUUCUCAUAGAGAAGGGAUACGACAUCGUCUCACCUGACUAUGCUGGUCUCGGGAACAACUACACGCUGCAUAAAUAUCUGAAUUUUCCCGCACAUGCCAAUGACCUCUACUACAGCUUGAUUGCCGCUCGGAAGGCCUUUCCUGGAGUAUUCACGGACGUGUGGAUGAGUGUCGGGCAUUCCCAAGGAGGCGGCGCUGUCUGGAAGCUCUCCGAGAGCAAUAUGCUUCAAGCUGGAGCCGCCGGAAAGUACCUAGGCACCGUCGCCUUAGCACCUGCCUCCGAGAUAUAUGACAUGACUUUGCUAGGUAUCAAAAUACUAGCGCAGGCCUCCAACUAUGCUUCAUAUGACAUACUCUACGAAUCAAUCUGGCUCCCAUUCAAUAGAACGAAGAUCGCCAACAUUACACAAGCUUGCAAUUAUGCUGCCAUGUCACUCGCGUAUGGGCUGCAACCCUCGGGCCUGUUCACUCCUGCGAUCCAGAACAACGCAGAUUUCCAGAAGUGGCAGGACUUGGUCGCCCCCGCAAACGGUGCCAAAGCCAGAGAGCCUAUGAUGAUCAUCCAAGGGUUAAAUGACACGGCCGUCCUGCACCAGACCACUUUUGCCUCUUUCAUGGAUACAUGCCGCUACGGGAAUGAGGCACACCUGAGGCUGUAUCCUGGAAUGGACCACUCUGAUGUGCUGACCGCGAGUUCCCCUGAGUGGUUAGCCUUCAUUAAUGGUCGCUUCGCUGGGAGGAAGAGCACGGGUAAUUACAGUAUCAUUACACACCGGCCGUUUGAUGCUGCUCAUGUGGUUACUGAUCCCGAAGCUAAGGAAAUCGCAAGCAUAUGA